GAGACCCUGAGAAACAACCAGGCCACCAUUCACUUUUCUACUGAUGGUUCGUUGUACGUACUCCAGGCUGGAAGUAGGACAGGUGAGUGAAUGAAUGAAUGGCGGGUGGGGUGAUUCCCUCCCGGCCGAAGCGAUCAAAGUGACGUCGUGAUUCUUAGUGGUGUGCUGUUGACAGAAAGCACAGUCCAGACAAUCGGACGAGAGGAGCAACACGGAUGCGGAGGUUGUACAUCCUGGGAUCCCGAUCCUUGUGGUCUUGCUCAUCCCAGGGUGAGGGCGAUACGAGGAGAUCAUUUCCCGAGUAUCUCCUGUACGGUCUGUUACCUCCGGUCUCUCUCUCUCUCUCUCUCUCCCCUGGCGAUACUCGGUGGUUGCAUAUUUCAUUGACUUCAUACUUCACGCUGUUUUCGGAUUAUGUCAAUUAUCUUUUUGGGGGGGAUCCAGUUCAAAUAAAAAAAGGUGGAACAUGUAGACGUCAUCAGCAAUUGAUCGAGAUUUGUCUCCGCAUCUCAACUGUGACUGAGAGCAUUAUCAGACCCCGAUAUUGCAUUAGGUCAGAUUUCCCUUCCCCUCGUCGGCCCCUCCGUUCGUGGUCUUCGCCUAAGUUGGAUCUCUCCCCCACGCUGCUUGGCUCUUGUUUCAUGUUCAAGAUUUCGGCUUUUGGAAGGAAACCCCCCAGGAACAUCGUGGGAUGCACCUGUCCCUCUCCCUUUUGGGAAAAUGUCCACCUCCGGGACAGUUUGGGCGGGGAGAUCGCAUUGCCGUGGAUUGACCCAUCACCGGAAUCGGUUCAUGCUUACCUAACCUAAGUAGUUAGUCAGGUCAGGGCUGUCAGUGCCAGGAGGCUGGUGGAUUAUGGACGAAGAUGGAGUAAGUAAUUAGUGGCUAUUUUAUUUGAAAGCACAUCACUACGAGCCCUCAUCUUAUAUACCUGGACUUGCCACGGAUUGAGGACCUCCUGGGCAGCCACCCGACUUGAUAUCAUUCUUGGCUCGGUGCGGAGUACCUAUACAGACAAACGAACUG